AUGGUUCUGGAAAGAUCGAGCGCGGCCGGAGACGACAAACAAGUCGAAUCAGACGCACAAUCUGACCAAACCACCAAAACACGCUCUACGGGCAUGAAUAAGAAAGACGGAAGGACGGACGCGCGCGACAAGGACAGCGCAACAACAAAAACGAUGGACAACGCACAAGGAGGCGUGACGGGAAAAAUAACCCCCGCCUUCUCUACGCUGUUGAAGAGGACGCCGAUCGCUGAGCUCAGAGAACGAUUAGAAGCACUGGGCUUAUCGAUAGAGGGUAAGAAAAACGAGUUAAUUACCCGGUUGGAACAAUACGAAGAAGUCGGUGAAAGAGAUAACGACGAUGACAAGGGAGGCGUUACGGAAGCCGAGCGCGAAGAAGAAGAUGACGCUUCGUCGGAACAUUCAGACGCCGGCGAAUCGGACGAGUCGGAAGAUGAAAAGAAACCGGUGCGUUACGGCAAAAUAAGAAGUACUCAAAACAAACGGCGAGAAAGACGCACACGUAGUUCAGACGAGUCGGAAGAAGAGAGAUCGGGGCGCGAUUACAGAGUAAACAACGCGCGACGCAGGCGUCAGGAGAGACACGCGCGUGAUGCGGCGAGUCUAUUUACAAUAAAAGACGUCGAAGGGAGUAUUUCGCAUUUUUCAGGCGACAACGAACUUCAAAUCGAAAGGUGGAUCGACGAGUUCGAGGACAUGGCGAUGUUGUUGCAGUGGAGUGAUCUGCAAAAAGUGAUUUACGCGAAAAGACUGUUAAAGGGAUCCGCAAAACAAUAUAUUGCAUUGAAAAAAGGAUUAACGACGUGGAAAUUAGUGAAACGCCGGUUGAUUAAAGAGUUCGAGACGAAAAUGAACAGUGCGUGGGUGCAUGCACAGUUGUCGAAACGGAAGCGGUUCUCGAACGAAACACCGAGACAAUACGUGUACGCGAUGAGCACGAUCGCGAACCAAGGUGACGUCGAGGAGGAAGCCGUGAUGCAGUAUGUCAUCGACGGUAUACAAGACGAUGAAGCAUCGAAAUCGAUCUUGUACAGUGCCUGUACGAUCGAAGAGCUCAGAAAAAAUCUCGAGCGGUACGACCGGAUGAAGGAGAAAACCGGCGGUAAGACGCGCAAGGAGCAAGAUAAAAAUAAGUCGAAAACAACGGCGAAAGAAGACAAAAGAGGUAAACAAAAAGGUGAAAAAGACACAAGGUGUUUCGUGUGCGGUUCUGACGAACACCUCGCGUGGAAUUGCCCGAACAAAGACGACGGACCGAAGUGCUUUAAGUGCAACAAGUUCGGACAUAUCGCGGCGAAAUGUGACGGACGCGGAAAGGCGAAGGACGAUAACGCGAAAUCAGUGAACGUAGUGACGCAAAUGGCGACAGACAAUGAAAUAAUCGUGGAGUUGAACGACGUAAAAUUACACGCGAUGAUAGACACCGGUACGGAGAAUACUCUGCUUCGAUAUAGCGAGUACGAAAAAGUCGGCAGCCCGAAGCUGCAAAGAACCGCGAAUACGUUCGAGGGUUUCGGGAGUGCGCGAGUAAAAGCCGUCGGAGUUUUUCGCACAACGGUCAAAGUAUACGGUGACGAGUAUGACGGUGAAAUCUACGUUAUUCCCGAUUACGCGAUGAAUCACGUUAUACUGGUGGGGAAAAAGUUCACGAGACAGAUGGAAGUGAUUAUCCGCGGCGGCUACAUCACGAUAACGAAGUUAAUCGUAAAUAAGCUCCGCGACGAUGACACAAAGCGAACGGAGAAAAAGGAGACGGACGAAGUCGAAGUCGAAAACGGAGAGGACGAUGCGUUUCGCGAGUUGAGAUUCGUGAACCUAGUCGAGGCAAGGUCGCUCGAUGUUGACGAUCGCUAUCGGGCGGAGAUUGAGAGAUUCAUCGAGAACCAUGUGCCGAAAAAGGAGGUAGUGACCGACGUUGAGACGAAAAUAACACUCCAGGACGACACGCCGGUGAAAGACGGAGUAAUUCAACCAAGUAAGAGUACAUACUCGAGUCCAGCCGUUAUUGUACCCAAGAAGAACGGCGAGUACCGCGUGUGCGUGGACUACAGACAGUUGAACAAGAAGAUAACGCGAGAUCGAUUCCCGAUGCCGCUCAUCGACGAUCGGAUCGACGCUCUCGCGAAUGAAAAGGUGUUUUCGGUGCUUGAUCUGAAGAAUGGGUUCUUUCACGUCCCGGUCGCACCAGAAAGUCGAAAGUAUACAUCGUUCGUGACACCAGACGGACAAUACGAGUUUACCAAAACACCGUUCGGGCUGUGUAACAGCCCAACAUCAUUCUUACGGUCUAUUGACGAAGUAUUCCGUGAUCUGAUUCGGCGGAGUGUUGUAUUCAGGUACGUUGACGAUUUGAUUGUGCCCGGCAAGGACGAAGAAGAAGCGCUGGCCAAUCUGAAGGAGACGUUGACAGUCGCGGCGGAGAGGGGAUUAUGCAUCAAUUGGAAAAAAUGUUCGUUCCUGAAACGUCGAGUGGAGUACCUUGGACACGUCAUCGAGGGAGGGACCGUUGGUCCGUCACCGACAAAAAUUAAAGCCGUGAAGAAUUUUCCAAGGCCAACGAUGAAGAAAUCAGUCCAAAGUUUUCUUGGCCUGACUGGGUAUUUUCGAAAAUUCGUACGCGAUUACUCGAAGAUCGCAAAACCCCUGUCGGAGCUGUUGAAAAAUAAUCAGAGAUUCCGAUUCGAGGAAGAAGAAGAGCGAUCGUUUGAACGUUUAAAACAAAUUUUGACAAGCGAACCGGUAUUACGGAUCUACCGACCAGACGCCGAAACGGAGUUGCACACAGAUGCGAGCAAGGAGGGGUACGGAGCGGCGCUCCUACAAAAAGGCGAGGACGACGAACAUUUUCACGCUGUUUAUUUCACAAGUCGAAAGACGUCGGACGCGGAGAAGAAGCUACACUCGUACGAAUUGGAGGCUUUGGCGGUGAUUCAAGCAGUCAAGAAACUUCGAGUCUAUUUACUCGGAAUGACUUCCGUUUCCGGUGACAGUGGGAAGCAGUGGGGAAUAGUAAGGUGCGGGAAAUAA